AUGUGCACUUGUGGUCGCUCAAGACUUCGAACGAGCUAUGAAGACAACAAAAAAGAAUUUUUUGUGACUGACGAGGACUUUAUAGAGCUAGGCGUCAAGGAUCUCAAAUUGAUUUUGGAGAAUCAAAAUGUUCAAUUGAAAACAUUCCGACUUUCGAAUCCAACUAAGCAAGAAACUCCAAAGAAAUUCAUUGACUGCGCCGAGAAAACUUUUAAGUCUGCAAAAAGCGCGACCAGAACGGUGCUAGCAAAAUACUUUUCAUGGAGAGAACUUGCACAACUCUUGCCCAUUUUCCAAGCUGGAAAACUGGAAGAAAUUAGUUUCGAAAGGGCCAGGAUUGAUGGAUAUGAGCAGCUGGUCUGCCUGGACCAAGGGAAGAACGCUAGAAAAUUUAAUGGAUUUUGGAGUUUUACUAUUCCAAUUGAGCACUGUUUGCAUUUCGAGUGCUUCAAAAAUCAUUUCUUGAGAUUCACAGAAGAAGAUGCAUUGAAAAUUCGCGAUAUGAUUGAUAGAUCCGCUUAUUUUGGUCAUGCUGAGAUCACCAUAUAUCCAGAAUCCACCUAUCCAUCUAUGCCGAGAAUACCAUCUAUGCUGAAAAAAGUAUUCGAUGUGCACAACGAGAAUCUCAAAUCCGUCUACCGAACUCCGGACAACAGGGUUUUCGAAAUUCAAUGGUUACCUCCAGUGCUAUAUAUCACUAAGCUUGGCUACAAAUUUGAAUAA